CAAAUGCAUCACACAGCAGAGCAACGACCGCGACUCUUCGCACAAAUUAGCGAUAAGAUCGGCAGCGGGAUGCCCCAGAAAGCGCAAACCGUCCACACAACAGUGAACAACACCGGGACGUCGCGCAAAUAAGAGGGGGGGAAAAAGUUCAUUUUGGAUUCAGCAGCCAAAGUUUGACGUAAUUCUCCCCCGGACACCAGGAAUAGUCUGGAGUGUCAUCAUGGAAGUAUUUCCUAAGGAAAAACAAGAGAUUCUCUCUCUCUCUCUGAACUUGAAGGUAAUCUGAGAAUGUGAAAGCUGGGGGGAAAACCUUUUUCAGGCUGUUUUCUCUGAGGUUUUUUCCAGAUGUCCAUCUCCUGAUGCAGAUAGCGGCUGCUUUCUGAAAGAAGCGAAUUUCAUUUCAUCACUUCUGCUGGAGUUUAAACAGCUGGAUCGUCCCAUAGAUACAUAAAAACACACAUCCUGUGUCUCCGAGGAGCUUUACUAUUGAUUUUUUAAACCUUCAUGCUGGAUGUAAAGACUCGGCAGCGUUUCGGGGACGUGCAUGGACGCGUAGGAGACGAAAUGAAGAAGCAGUUUUAGUACAGAAGAGUCGGGGGUUAUGAUGGUAAUGUUGUUUGGGUGAAGUCUUCGGAAACUCACAAGGGAAGCCCAAUGAGUGGCACACAGUCAACACUCGCUGACAAGACUCCGAGCAUUCUCAACAGGGAGCCCACAGACUGGAAGCCAAAGAAUGAGAAACCCUCUCCUUCCCUCAAAAAUGAGUUCGACCCUACAGGUCUGGUCCAGCGCUGUGUGAUAAUCCAGAGAGAUGAAAAUGGCUUUGGGCUGACAGUAAGUGGAGACAACCCUGUGUUUGUGCAGCUGGUCAAAGAAGAUGGAGCUGCAAUGCGAGCUGGUGUGCAGACAGGAGAUAGGAUCAUUAAGGUUAACGGGACCUUAGUUACACAUUCAAACCACCUAGAAGUUGUAAAGUUGAUAAGAUCGGGCUCCUAUGUAGCCCUGACAGUGCUGGGGAGGCCUCCAGGGCUUCCUCAGAUCCCCCUGGAAGAGGAGAAGGAAGGGAACGAGGAAGGAGGAGACACUCUCUCAGCACCCCACUCACCUGCACUGUCAGGUGGGGAGCAAGGCAGCUUCUUGACCAGCAGCACACCCUGUAGCCCUCAGGACAACACCACAUCCUCCUCUCUGUCUGAUGGGGAAGGAGCCACGGCUUCCUGGAAUGGUGAGAUUGAGGAUGGAGACGGUGGGUCUCCUCUGAAGGAACAGACCUCACCCACACCGUGUGACAAUGGCCCCCUGAUCAAUAACAACUCAGUUCACAGCAGCCCUCUCUCUGACACUGUGGGCUACAGAGGGACUCCCUGUCAGAGCCCAGACAUUAGUCGGAGGGAUGGCCUCAACAUCUGCACAUCGCCAGAGGCUGAGGAUGCCGCUGACACACACCCCAAUACCCAUUACAGUGGUGGUAGCCCUCCUUACCUCGUAAACCCUCAGAUUAUUGGAGCAGAAGACGACUACUUUGAAUCCUCACAAGAACAGAUCAAUGGCGAGUGUACCUGUUUCCAGAGUAUUGAGUCGCUGAAGUCUCGGCCGGCACACCUCGCAGUUUUCCUCCACCAUGUGGUCUCACAGUUUGACCCUGCACCUCUGCUGUGUUACCUCUACGCUGAUAUGUACAAGCAAACCAACUCCAAAGAAAGUCGACGCUUCUUUAUUGAAUUCCACACGCUAUUCAUGGAUCGAACUGCAAAUCUUAAAGUGCCGGUGCCAGAGACCGUUUCUGCUGAGCUAGAGAAGCGAAGGCUGGACUUGAUCCCAGACAGCCUGUGUAAACAGUACAUUCAGACGUUACAGGACGCGCUGUUACCAGACCUGCACAGGAACCUGGAAGACUUCAGACAGAAGCGCAGCAUGGGUCUGACGCUGGCCGAAGACGAGCUCUGUAAGUUGGACUCUGAGCCAGGAAGAGACCAGCAGGCCUUGGAGAAGGAAUGCUCCUGUGCUGAACACAUCCUCUUCAAGAUAGAGGAUAUCCUGUUGACAUCACAGAACUCAGAAGAGGAGAAGUGGCAAACAAUGCAGUAUGUGAUUCUCACCUACAUGAAGCACCUCGGAGUGAAAGUGAAGGAGCAUCGAGGCCUCGAACAUAAACGUGCUCGCAUCACUUUCCUCCCUAGGAUUAAGUUUCCCAACAUCCGCCCCCCUCGGCGUCCGAGCAGAGUGGACCCCACCCCAGUCGUGAAAGCUGUGGACCAGAUCAAGCAGCGUCCGCCAAAGCUUCCUCAGUCGCCCCUUGGCAUCUCUGAACCAUCAGACCUGUCCACCACAAGUCCUGGACGGAUCCGCGAUGGAUCAGAUACCCAAUUUUUGCCUGCCACCACCCUUCCUACGCACAGCUCCCCCACCACUCAGGUCUCAGAAGCAGGCGGACAAGAGUCAGAAUCCAAUGUCUCUCCGUUCUGCAUCCAGCCCAGACCAGGCGACAGUGUGCAGUCUGCUGACAACCACGACGGCGUCUCCGGUCCAACCGGCACUCAGUUCGACUUCAGCCCCACCACAGUGGAGCAGCGGGAUGAAGAUCAGGAGGCCUUCAGGAUGGAGGUACAGGGUGACAUCCAGAGUGAAGAUGACCAAGGCGGAGAGGCUGAGUGUGAAGAAGAUCCUCUGAUCUGGCAGGUACUGGUCCCUCGAGGCGUCCUGAUGAGCUUAACGCAACAAGAGAUCAACCGGCAGGAAGUCAUCAAUGAGCUGUUCUACACUGAGCGUGCCCACUUGAGGAUGCUGAAGGUGCUGGACUGUGUUUUCUGCCAGAGGCUGAACAGGGACGGCAUCCUUCCACCAGAAGACAUAAAGCACAUCUUUAUCAACCUGGAGGAAAUCAUUCAGCUUCAUGUCUCUAUAACAGAACAAAUGACUGCAAUCAGGAAGAGGAACGAGACGUCAGUGAUCGGUCAGAUCGGAGAUGAUCUCCUGGGAUGGUUCAGUGGGGAGGAAGAGCAAAAGUUAAAGAGAGCAGUGGCAACCUUCUGCAGUAACCAGCCGUCUGCACUGGAGCUCAUCAAGACGAGGCAGAAGAAAGACCAGAAAUUCAACCUGUUCAUGCAGGAAGCUCAGAGCAACCGUUUGUGUCGCAGGCUGCAGCUCAAAGACAUCAUCCCUGUAGAAAUGCAGAGAGUGACCAAAUACCCGCUCCUGCUGGAUAACAUUGCCAAGUACACAGAGGACAUUGAAGAAAGGAAAAAGGUGAAGAGAGCUGGAGACUGUUGUAAAAAGAUCCUCAACCAUGUCAACCAAGCUGUGAAAGAGGCUGAAAACAAACAGCGGCUCGAGGAGUAUCAGAGAAGGUUAGAAUUCUCGUCUCUGAAACAGAGUGAAAACCCUGUGAUCCUGGAGCUGAAGAAUCUGGACCUCACCAAGAGGAAGAUGGUUCAUGAGGGUCCUCUCUCCUGGAAAGUCAAUAAGGAAAAGACAAUUGAACUGUACACACUCCUCUUGGAGGAUAUCAUGGUCUUGCUGCAGAAACAGGAUGAGCGCCUGGUCCUAAAGUUUCAUGGCAAAAACACGGCCAGUGUUGUCGACACCAAGCACACCUUCAGCCCCAUCAUCAAACUCAACACGGUCUUGGUUCGACCUGUCGCAACUGACAACAAGUCUUUCUUCGUUCUGUCCAUGUCCGAAAACGGGGCUCAGAUCUACGAGCUGACGGCUCAGACGGUGUCUGAUCAGAGAAUGUGGCAACAUCUGAUCACACAGUGUGCGGACGCCAUGAAGGCCAAACCCCACAGGAGGGACACGCCUCCACCUCAGUCUGAUGCGGAGCGGGAUGCUAUUAAUAUAAUCAACAAUGGGAUGCCUAAACUGAGCAAAGAUGAGACGCAGAGUGUCCAUUCUGCAGAUAUCAGCAUCUCCGAUAAAGAGGCCGCCUCUACUUCAGACAUUCAAGAUCCACCGGAGAGUCUGAACCCCUUCGAUGGGUUGAGAUCAGAAGAUGAAGAAGAGGAGCUGCCAAUGACAGACAGGCAGGAGGAAGAGGAGCAGAAUGGAGAGGUGGAUGAAGCGGAGCUAGAGGCUUUCCUGGAUGGGCAGCUGGCGGAGAGACUGCUGCAGGAAGGUUCGCGGCUUGGCAUUGCCCUUGAAAAUGAAGAAGCGCACAAUGCUUUUGUCAUGCCUUGCUCCAAAGCUGAAGAAGCUCUAAAGACACUGGCGAUGCUGAAGCAGGCAGUCUUCACACACAUGUUAAGCAGAGAAGCAGAGGAGGAAACGGAGGAGAGCAAGCCGAGUGGAGCCCGUGGGAGUCAGUCGAGUCCUUCUUUGCCUGAGAGCCCAGAGGGGCCCUCUGCUACCUGUGAUGGGAGCCAGGUGUCUGAAAGUUUACAGAAAGAAGACCUGCAGCCUCCACCUGAGGCUGCUGAACGUAAUGGUGGCUUUGUGGUCCUGGAUUUCCCCGGCUCUGAGGAAAGCAGCACUGAUGAUGAUGUCGGAGUUGGAAGUGAUGUUGGGAUCGACAUGAGGAAACUGCUGUCUUCUUCCUCGCAGAUGGGAGGCGGAGGCCCCAACCUCAGUCGGCAGCUCAUGACCCACCUGCGCCUCCUACAGGCCGAUCUGCAGUAUCUUAAGGACAUAGAGCUGAAGUACAACGAACUGCGACAAACGCACGGCGACGCAGCCACAGACUCCGAUGACAACAACGAUGGGAUUCAGUGACAAAAGGCUUCCUGCUCUCUCGGCUGUCAGAGCCAAGUUUCAUGUCGCUGCGUGCUCACCUUCCUCCACCUUUUACCACUAAAGGAUUAAUGUCUGAUCUCCUACUUCAAAGGACUGGGUCAUCGUCGCAGUCUGAAUUACUCCACUAUAAACUCUUUCACAAAGCAGGAGCAGAAGAGACAUAUCACCGAGUUAUUCAUGGACACUUUUUACUAUAAUUAUAAUAAUCACUGACUGCAUAAAUUAUCUGAAACACUGGAUAUAAUGAAUGGAAAAAGGCUAAGCCGACCAUCUGACGUCACAGAUGUUCAGCAGAGAAGAAGUGAGACAUUAUGACUGUGACCAGUACUGAAGGAAGAUUUUCCUCUUCAAAUCUCAGUGUAAAAACCUGCAAUAGAAAAUAACCUCUACAUUAUAGAUAGAGUCGAUAUACAAGUGCUCAAUAAAAUGCCAAAAUGGAAGGCUAAAACACUCAUUCCAACCAUAAAAUUUACCCAGGUGGGAUUUAAUGCUGUUUUUAGCCAAGCUUUGCAUUUAAUGUUAAGCAGGUGACGGUCUGCUUUGGAUCAAAUAUCUAACAAAAACUCUGAAGCUCACAAAUUUACACCCUGUAUAUUUUUUCAAUUACAAGCACAAAUAUAGUAAGGCGGUUUAAUGCUGUGAUUUCUAUACAAAGACUCAUAGACGUGUCAGUUUCAAAUGUGUAUUCCACCGGUGGUUUCUGGAGGGUUGCAGAGAGGUAUGUGGUGCUGCAGCAAAAAAAUGCUCCUUGCAAACCCUUUGAUCGCUAGCAGAUUCUAUUGGUUGUCCAUAGCUUGCAUGAAAGAUGUCAACUUAUCUUAAAAAGCAUUCGACAACUACUUGCUUAGCAGUAAAAACCAGAAACUUUAAAGUUGACUUGUGAGUUUUCAAGUUGUUUGCAGACAAAACAGCCUCUUUCGUGCAAACUACAGGCAGCUGUGGCAGUCUAUUGGCCAAAGCAAUCACACCAGUCACUUUGUUCCCCAGUGACGAGUGGUUGUCUGGGUAUUUUCUAUUUUAAUUUUAAAUUCUAAGACCUUAACAAAUCAGUGGGCUUUAGAGUUUGCGAUAGGUGUUUUUUUCCUCCCUGCUUUUCAGUCUUAGCUAAGCUCAGCUAAGCUAGCACACUUGACCGGUCUGGACUUUACGCACAGUAUAUGAUGCUUGUAUUUGCCGCAUUAACACAAUUUCAGGAAGACCAAGAUGAUUCUCAUUAUUCUGAUUUCGGAGCAUCAGAAAAGCUAAAUACGAAUUUGUUGUAAAUUUGCUUUUAUUGUGUUACAUACUGUAUGUGUAGGUUGUUAACAAGUGACACCAGAUGGAAACAAAACAGUGUGACGUUCCUUUUAGCUCAGUUGAUCAAAUUAGUGCUAAUACUGAACUUUAUGUGGGUUUAACUUUGACUUUGCAGCUGCGAUGCUCUCAGUUUAUGAGAUAAAUUGGAGGAUUUAGAAGUUUUAAUUUCUCACUGACUGUGGGAUACAUUCUAUAGUUAAGAUUUGAUUCAUUAACAUGAACGUCUCAUUUUAAGUAAGAAAAAAAGGAAAAGUGAAAAUCCCAGUUUCUUAUGAUGGCAGGUUGAUUUAGCGUUUUAUCUCAAGAAAACUAAAAGGUAAUUUAUUGAGAUAAUAAGAUGGUCUAUCCCAGAAGCAUUUUGUUUUCCUGUUAUUAUGUGAAGAUUAUAGGAAAACCCAAUAGCUCUUACCUACCUUGACUACUUAUGAAUUGCAGAAUUACUAAAGUGGCAUGUGCUGCUUCAGCUGGGCUAAUCCUAAUAAUUAGAGGACAACAGGGACCUUUUUUAACGGACUGGCACAGAGUGACCAAGAACAAGGUUUGGUGAAUCCAACUGGAAUCUAAAAAUUCAAUUAAAAUUAAAUACAUUGAGAAGAAGUGGCAUAGAAAACAGUAGGUACACUUUUCAAGCAUAUUCACAGUCCUGUGCCUUAAUACAGUAUUACUAACAUUAUAGUAGAAUUACAUGCAUGUGUGCAAGAGUUUAAAAUAUUUUUUGCAUUACAGCUGUUCCAGAGUCAUGUAAGAAGUAUCCAGACUUGAGUUUAAAAUAAAUCCUACAAAAGAAGUAGGCAAUUAAACAAGAAAUAAAAAAGUUUCUGCAUAAAAGUAAAAGUACUCCUUAUGUAAUAUGACCUUUCUUUGAGUCUAAUACAUGAUACUGUAUUGCUGGAUCAUAAUUCAUUAUGUUUAUAUACAGUGGUGUGAAAAAGUGUUUCCCUUCUUCCUGAUUUCUGAGUGUUUGGCAUAUUUCUGACAGUUAAAUGUUUCUGAUCAUCGAACAAAUGUUAAUGUUAGACAAAGAUAACAUGAGUAAAUACAAAAUGCAGUUUUUAAAUGAUGGUGUCAGUGAUUAAGGGAGAAAAGUUAUCCAAACCUGCCUGGUCCUGUGUGGAAAAUUAGCUGAGUUCAGUUUCACCAAACAGGCCUGAUUACUGGCAGACCUGUCUGACAAAGUGACGCAGGCUAAAAGAUCUCAAAAAGCAACACACCAUGCUACAAUCUAAAGAAACAGCUAAGUAGCAAAGUCACUGACAUCUAUCAGUCUGGAAAGGGAUACGAAAUCCAUUUCUAAGGCUUUGGGACUCCAGUGAACCACGGUGGGAGCCAUUAGUGACCGGCCGACCAAAAUUAGCACAUCAACGAAUCAUCCAGGAGGUCUCAAAAGAACCCAGAACAACAUUAAAGAACCGCAGGCUUCACAUAUCUAAGUUAAAGUCAGAGGUCAUGAUUCAACAAUAAGAAAGAAACUGGGCAAAAAUGGCAUGCAUGGGAGAGUUCAAGAUGAAAACCAAAAAGAACACAAAGGGUUCUGCAGCAGGACAAUGAUCCAAAACACACCAGCAAGUCCACCUCUGAAACAAAAGGAAGACUGGAGUGGCCCAGUCCAAGUCCUGACCUGAAUCCGACUGAGAUGCUGAGGAGGUGGUUUCAUGCUGGGAAAUCCUCUCAAUAAAUGGGUGAAAAACAAGAAUUCUGGGCCAAAAUUCCUCUACAGCUCUGUAAAAGACUCAUUGCCAGUUACUGCAAACGCUUGAUUGCAGUUGUUGCUGCUAUGGGUGGCCCAACCAGUUAUUAGGUUUAGGGUAUUCACUUUUUCACACAGAGCUAUGUAGGUUUGGUUUUCUCUCCUAAUAAUAAACAACUUCAUUUAGAAAGUGAACUUUGUGUUUAGUUGUUAUCUUUGUCUUAUAUAUAAAUUUGUUUGAUGAUCUGAAAUAUUUAAGUGUGGCAAACAUACAAAAAACAGGAAAUCAGAACGGGGGAUAGCCAUUUUUUUUACAUCACUGUAAGGCAUUAGUGUGUAUGUCACUUUAAUUUUGCAACUGGUGAUAAUUUAAUUAUUUACUGCUGUGUAACAGUACAGUAAUUGAAUUGAACCCCUCCUCCUAUCCAUGCUCUCAUCCAGUAACGCUGAACAUUGUAAGAUUUGCAGUGUAACUGAGCUGUGCGAUGACACCAGGAAGUAACAAUAACUUCUUUGAGGUGGGGAAGGGCAGUGCCACCCCGUACCAAUCUUGAAUACGCCCAUGUAGGAAAGAUCUGAACAGAAAUAAUAACAUAACUAAAUAAAUAACUUGUUCAUCUCACUAGAAAACAAGUUUAAUUGCCUCAAGAUAAAUUACUAGAUAAAUUGAUUUGUUCUCACAAGAUGAAAAAUUGCGUUAAAAAAUCUUUUUAAUUAUGUGCAUGUCCGUUAUCAUCAUCUGUAUUCCUCUAAUUACUAUACGCUUGCCAGUUACCAUUGCCUCUGUAUGAUUUUGGAUAGAAAUGCAAUGCUGUAUAGCAGCUGACUUAAACAGUCACAGAAUUUAAACAACCUGAAGCACUUAAAUGUAGCAAAAAACAAACAAAACAAAAAACUAAUGUCCCCAGUCUGCAGUCCAUCAGUUUUAUCUUUCUAUCAAAUAAACAAUAAAUCAAAAAACAAACAAAAAUCACUCAAAAAUAAAAUGCAGAUGGACAAAAAACUCUGAAAAUAAUGAUUCAGAUGGUUGAUUGAUGUUGUUGAUUGUAGGUUUCCCAGUUGUUUUGUCCAACCUGUGUUUAAUCUGUAAAAAUACGUUCACGCGGCAUCUGCACCUCACUUUUAAGGUUGGACUGAAAAUAUAUUCACCGGCCACAAGACUGCGCCGUGGCUCCAGUUUGUGGAUAAAUAUGUUCAGGCAAAAACGAUGACUGCUUUGGACUGUGUUCAGGGUAAAGGCGUAUAUUGUACAAUGACUGCAUGUCAGUAAUUUUGUUCGUGCUUUUACUUGCACCUUUUUGUUUCACACCAUGCUAUCAUGUAAUGCUUUAACACAACCUGCUCAAAAAGAGGAGAAUUAAUCCAUUUUAUAAAUGUUAUUUUAAAUGUUAUAUUUUUUGUUACAUUGUUAUUAACUCUGUUAACAUGUUUAUGACACAAGAAGCUCCUUUUUUGUGAAAAUUAAGGAAAAGAUGAAUGGGAAUUUUUGUUUACUUUUAGUUCAUCUUGAUGGGGAAGCGAGAUAACAGACUUGGCUUAAAAAAUGAGCUAAACUUUGCCCUGAAAAGUGAAGCGAAUGCUCAAGUGCCUUAAACUUGUUUUUGUCCUACUGGCCAGCAGGGGGCAGUACAUCUGGUUACAAAAAGAAGUCCGGUUGUACAGAAGUCUAUGUGAAAAUGACCCUACUGCUGAUUGACUGAGUAAACAGUUUUCAUGUGCAUCAAUGGAACAUGAUGUUUAGUUUGUAUUCCCUAUUACGAUAAUAAAUCAGGGUUUAGGAUGCA